GGCCAAUUCAGUAACCAUGGCUGUCCCACGCUCACGGCUACUUGAUCUGAUGAAGGUCCAAUGCCGUAUCUUCUCGCACACCUUCAACCCCGAGGGACUUCGACUGGGGAACAAAGUCCUGCGCCAACGAUUAAGAGGUCCUGCUUUAGUCUCAUAUUAUCCACGGAAGGUGGCAACAUUAAAGGACCUACAAAAAGCAUAUGGGCCUGAUUUCGAGUUGAUUGACGACGCGGAGGAGGAUAGAAUAGAAUCCCUCAAGAUUCUCAAAGCAAGAGGGAAGGGUGCACCGAAGAAGAAGAGAACAGAAGAGGAAUCGAAGAAGUUCAAGGGCAAGAAGAAAUAG